UUGCCGCCAAACGGUCUGCAGCCAGUUCGGAAUCCAAGCUAGACAGGAACCCAGUGCAAAAAAAUAUACUAACUUUUCGAAAUAUAAAUAUUCCAAGUUAAGUUAUUAUUCAAUACUCGUGUCAAUUGAUUGGCGACGUCGCCCGCGUGUUUACUGUCAGCGAUUACGAGUGCUUAAAUCUAACACUCUCACUCAAAAUUACGAGUUUUUUUUUUCGAAAAAAAAAUUAUAAAAAGUAUACGUAACGUAUGUUAAUAUUUCCGGCAGUUAAAGUUAACGUGUUCACCUACGUAUUGGCGUUAAUCAUAUUUUUCGUUGUGUUCUGCUUUGGAUAUUAUAUUUUUGCAAAUUACUGAGUUAGCCGCUUGUCUCAGAAUUAGUAAUCGCUUUCAGUGUGAUAAGCGCGCAAUUAACAAGCAACGAGUGCUAAUUAAAUAAUUGUUGAUAGACGGUGUUGAUAAAGAUGACUGCUAAAAAUAUACCAAGGCGCCAAGCGAUUCCCGUGCUCUACACCAGAGGCACACAUUACGAUGUUGGGUUUGAUAUGGGCAGAACAUUCGCCUCAAUUAUCAAGAACUUUUUAGUACUUUGCAAUCCUUUAAAUGAGUCUUACUUACCACUUUACAAUAAGGAUGAAGGCAGAAAAGUUUAUAACGAAACUUUGGAGAGUGUUAAGAAGUCUUUUCCACAAUACAUCAGAGAACUGGAGGGCAUAGCUGAUGGUGCGCAAGUUGAGUUUCAUAAGCUAUUUCUGCUCCACAUGGAUGAGAUCACUGCAAUUUGUGCGAACGGAAAUGGAGCGGUUGCACCAAUUGGCUGCUCAAGUAUAAUCGUAAACAAUGAAAACUCGCGCGUCAUCGCUCACACCGAAGAUGCCUUGGCAGCGACACUCAACCAUUAUUACUUUGUGGUGGCGCACAUCAUCAGCGAUACGCCGCAGGGCAAACACAAGGUUAAGGAGGAGCGUUUCAUGUCGCUCUGCUAUGCGGGCCAUCUGCCCGGCUAUACGAUGAGCUACAAUCAUCAUGGACUGGUGUUCACCAUUAACACAUUGUCGGCGCUGCAUUUGAGAAGUGGCAAAACACCUCGUCAUUUCAUCACACGCGCGCUCUUGAGCGCCGAAAACUACGAGCAAGCGCUCGCUGUACUCAAGGAUGAGGGCGUCGGCGCUGGCGAUGGCUGCUCCAUCAACAUGUCUUUCAUCAACGAAGAGCCCCACAAAUUCUACAAUAUCGAAAUGGCACCAGUAUUAGCAGACGCUAAUGAGUCGCGUCUUGACAUUAAAGAGAUUUGCUGUGGCGGUCACAAUUGUCACGCCAACAGGUAUGAGCGUCUCUGCACCGAAGAGGCUAAUCCGUGGCUGUUGGCUUCGAGUAAAUCACGCAUGAAUACCUUCGCCGAUUACGCGCCACCAAAUUGCAAGGAAGAUGUUGCGAAAAUGCUGGGCGAUUGCAGUGGCGGCGAGUAUUGUGUCUUCAAUGAGAACAAUUCGUUGGAUGAGCUGGUCAAAACGAUUGCUGUGGGCGUUUUUGAUUUGAAUGAAAAAACAGUUGCCUUAUACUCAGACAAUCCGAGUAAGACUGAGCCACAAUGCGUUCUACCGCUUAUACUCAAGAAGAAGUGAACCUUAAGAUAUACAGAUAUCGUAUACAUAUAGAAAUUUUUAGUGUUCAAAAUACAUACUGUUAUAACUGUAAAUGAAACACUGUAUUUACAGGCAUACAUUAAAUAUAAGUAUACAAUUAAAGAUGUGAUUAUUUGCGAAAUAAAUAAAAAAAAAAAUAAUAAUAAUAAAUAAAAUAUAAUUAUAACUCAUUUAAUUAUUUAAAAAAUAAUUUAAAAUAAUUUUAUUCAAUAUUGUUUA